AUGACCAGGAAUACAACAAUAACUGCUCAGGACAUGGGGUUCUCCUGGGGUUUUAGUUCGAUUCAUGAGAAUAAUAAUGAUAACAGAACCACUGAUAACAUCCCAACUUCUUCUCUAAGUUUGAUGAGGAGUUCUGAUAAUUCAUAUGAUAACGAAUCCUUAUAUUAUAAUAAGAGUAAUUCACAAACACAGGAUAAUAAUAGACAGAAGAGGAGGUUGGAUUUAACGAACGAUGACAAAAAUGAAGAAGCACAAAAUAUUAGUGAAUCAACAAAUAACAAUCAUAAUAAUAAUAAUACCAGAAAAUAUAUGGUAUCGAAGAGAAAAUACAAUAUUUCAACGAUAAUCAAAGGUCAAGAAUUGCCCAUACAAAGAGGAAUCGAAUUCAUGGAAAAACAACAAUUACAAAAUAUACUUUUGGAUCUAGUAAAAUUAAAUGAUCCGCAAAUAACUCAGUUUAUAAACUCAAAGAUAAGUUCAUCCAAUUUAAGUUACGAAAAGUGUUUGGAACAUUUAAAAGCCAAGUUAACUGAACUGUUCGAGAAUAUUCCCUACAGCAAGGAUUUCUAUAAUGACAUGAAGAAUAAUAAGUUAGAUGAUUACGCAUUUGUCCGACUAAAGCCUUAUAUUCUAGAGUUUUUAAACUGCCUCAUUGAUUUUGUCCUUAAUAAUAUUCCUCCAAUCGUUAAUAAUUUACACGAAUCGUUCAAUUUUGUCGAUAAUUGCACUGAAAUGGUUCUAAAUUUACCUAGAUUUCAAUUACCAAGUAAUAAUUAUUAUUAUGAUAAAUGUUUAGAGCAACUUUCUUUUAUUUGGUGCAGCUUAAUCGAGCAUGCAAUCAAAGAUACUGUCAUUACUAUCAAUGAUAAAUCAGUACUCGUUGAAUGGAUGAAUAAGUUGCACUAUUAUAAUGAAUUAUCAAAUGGAAUGCUAAAUAGGCCAGUUGUACUAUUCAAAUCCCUAGAUUUAAGUACUACCGUUGGGGACCUAUCAAAUACUGCGACAAACGCAGACUUGCUAAGUUCAGUUGCAAAUAAUCGAAAUCGAUAA